UUGUCAAGUUCACAGAGUAAGUCAAGUUGAGAAUCAAAAAAUCAUAUUUAAACAACGAAUAUAAACAAUUUUCUCUUGAAUUAAAAAUUAUCUAUUAGUUAAUACUUACAUAUAAUUACUAAUUAAUUCUAAACUCAAAUCUGUGGGCACAUUACUAGACUAAAUCAGUUUCUAAUACAUGGAAAUCAAGUAGCACAAUCCCAAUUCCCAAUCAGUGCUAGUAUACUACUAAUGUACAGUGAAAUAUUUUAUAAACUGAGUUGACAUCAUUUUCAUGUUUAUUAGAAGUAAUGAAUCAAUGUUCUGUAUUAAAUUGUGGUGUUAAUGUUAUUAACAACCCAAAUAAAGAGACUUUUCAUAGGUAAAUGUGAACAAUUAUAAUAUUUUUAAAUUAGAUUUCCUGUGGAGUCAAUUUAUAAAGAAAAAUGGAUAAGAGUUAUAAAUCGAGGGGACUGGGCACCUAACAAAUAUUCAGUCAUAUGCAGUAAACAUUUUAAAGAAGAAUGCUUUAUGACUAGGAAUGGGCGCCGUAUUUUAAAGAGAGCAUCUAUACCUACAGAAGCUGUACCGGUAAAAUUUAAAGUAAAAAAACCGCAAUUAGAUAUAGAUAUUUUAUCGGAUCCAUCACAGCCCAGACCUUUAACACCAAGAAGAAAAAAAUUAAUUGUUCAAUGUUCAAAAUUAAGAGAAAGUAUAAGAAAAAAGCAAACAACCAUAAGAAAUUUGAGAUCACAAACUAAGAGAUUAAGAGGAAAAUAUGACAAGGCUGAGGCAAUUGUUGUGGAGCUGCUAAGACAUCCAUAUUUACAAGAUCAGCUCACUCAUAAAUAUAUAGAAAAGAAAACGACAAUGUUUAGCAUACGUUCUGUUAGGUUAUAUAGCAGAUGGAUGCAUAGAAGGCCUGCAAAAGUAAUUAUUCCCUUCGAACAAGACUUUAAUAAUCAAUUAAAAAAAGAAAAAGUUAUAGAUUUAGAACCCGUAUUAGUAGAGAAGGAAUUGAAAAAAAAAUUGGACAAGGAUACUGAAAUAAAUGUAAACAGAAAAGAAUCCCAUAAAAUUCAAGAGAACAUUGCUUUUAAAAAUUUAAAACCAAUCGUACCAAAUGAUAUUGUAGAAAAACGGGAAACAAAAAUUAAGAAAAGGAAUUUUUACCUCAGUCAGAAAAAAGUCUAUGAUGAUAAUGGUGAGAUACUGUUUGAAAAGUUAAAAGAAAAUGAUGGGAGAAUAAGCUCACUCUUAGUUAAGUUGAAAUCCAAAAAGGAACGAAUGCGGACAAAUCAAAUGCUUGUAGAAGGUUGGCGUUUGAUUGUUGACGGUUUGGAAGCUAAAUGUAAACUGAAAUAUAUUAUAUUCAGUCAAAUUCAAGAUUUACACAAUCUCCAUCCAUUUCUUCCUAAUGUUGGAGUACAAAUAUAUAAAGUACCAUACAAGGAAAUCUCCAAGUGGUCAGAUCUUGAAACUCCACCAGGAAUUUUUGGUGUGUUUGAAAUGCCUACUGUUGAGAAUAUAAAGAGGCUCUCAAAACCUCUGCCAAUGGUUUUCAUUUGUGACAACAUUAGAGUACCCGGUAAUCUGGGCGCAAUACUAAGAGUAGCAGUGGGGGCCGGAUGUGAAUCAGUGUUGUUAACAAAAGGUUGUGUGGAUGUUUGGGAUCCAAAAGUUGUAAGAAGUGCAGCAGGGGCUCAUUUCAGACAGCCAAUAUAUACAUCAUUAGAUUGGGAGGAAAUACCAAACCACUUAGUAUCUGAUUCGUCACUAUUCAUAGCUGAUAGUAAUGUUACCACAGAUUAUACAGAAACAACAGAUCUUACAAGUAAUUCACUCUUGUCACAGAUACCUGUGUUACCAUAUUAUGGUGUUGAAUUCUCCAAUUUGAAACAUAUUACACUUGUAAUAGGUGGAGAAACAGAGGGUAUAAGUGAAGAAAGUUACAGAUUGGCAACGAGUACAAAUGGCUUGAGGCUAAAUAUUCCAUUACAAAGAGGUGUUGAUAGUUUAAACACUGGAAUGGCGGCGGCUGUGAUAGCUUUUGAAAUAAGAAAACAGUUUCUUCAAGUAUGGCGCAAAGAAAAACUCGAAAGAGAAAAGGGGCAAAUCACGUAGCUUUACGUGUUAUGUGAUAGAUAAUAGUAUUAAAAAUAAAUAAUAAAUUUUAAUUGAAUCAUUGUUC